GCUUAACGCAGGCUUCCAGGGAAAGAGAGAGCCUUGAAUGUGAUCCCAGCCCCGUGCGCCCAUGACUCUCUUGCAGACUCCGGGUCCUGCGGCGUUGCCCAAAGUCGCUGUGGAUGCCUACAAGACCAGGGCGCCCGCGUACACCAUGGCGGCCCGACCAAAACCUGCAGAGGGCAAAGCAGCGAAGCCCGGGCCGGCAGACUACAGCGUAGGCCGGGUGACACUGAUCAAGCCCCAGGCGCCUGCAUCCACUUUUGGAAUCCGGCAUUCCCUCUACACAACCCCUCUGAUUGUGGAAUAAAACAGCCAAGUCUGGAAGGCCGCCUUUGCUUGCCUGGGACAGGAGGGGACGGGAAGACACCAAUCAACUGCCGGUUUCCACUUGAUUCCAUUUCCAUCUAUCGACUUGGGCUUUUGCCCAUCUUACUCUUGAACGUUAGCAAGUGGAGUAAGUCAUCAA